AUGUAUUUCUUCUUCGCGAUCUCCCUCCUUCUAUCCUCCAUUCUCGCCGCUGAAAUCUUCGGUCCCCUUUACCGCGCAACUGGAGUCACGUCUACUUAUGAGUAUCUCGGAAAGAGGUUCAAUAAUGCUGUGAGAUAUCUUGGACUAGGAGUUUUUUAUUUGCAGAAUAUUGCCUAUAUUGGUAUUGUCAUUUACACACCUUCUUUGGCGCUGGAAACUGUUACAGGCCUGAACCGUUGGGCAGCUGUUUGGCUGAAUGGUGCGGUCUGCAUUUUCUACACUUCAAUCGGCGGACUCAAAGCUGUUGUAUGGACUGAUACUCUUCAAAUAAUCUGCAUGAUCGGUGGCUUUGUCACGAUCUGCAUCGAUGGUCUUGCUGAAUUUGGCUUCGCUGAAAUCUGGUCGAACGGAGUUGAAGAGGGAAGACUUGAAUUUGAUUGGAGAGCCGAUCCUCGAUACCGACACAGUAUUUGGGCGAUCGUUUUCGGCGGCGUUUUCGGAACCUGGGGAAACUUAUUCGUCGGAAGCCAAAGCUUUACGCAGCGAAUGCUUUCCGCAAAAGAUACAAAAGACAUGAAAAGAGCAAUUUACGGUGGCUUCAUCGGAAUCUUGAUAAUUCUCCUUCUCGCGGCCUUCACUGGACUUGUCAUGCUCAAGUUUUUCACCUGCUGCGAUCCUCUUUCAGCCGGCUGGGUCGACGCAAAAACCCAAUUGGCGCCGUACUUGGCGAUUCAGAGAUUCAAGAAUAUGCCUGGAUUGGCGAGUCUUAUCGUUGUUGGCGCUUACGGAGGCACUCUUUCUACAGUCAGCUCUGGAAUAAAUUCUAUGGCAACAUGUCUCGUGACCGACAUUCUCGUGCCAAACGAAAAACUCUUUAAAAUCUUCAAUCCCUCUGACCGAUUUUAUACCAUCGUCACCAAAGUUUCCUCAGCUUGCUUUGGCCUUGCUUGCCUCGGAAUGAGCUACAUCGCCGCUGCUGCUGGAGAAGGACUUCUUCAAGCGGCGUUGUCGCUUUUUGGGAUUCUUGGAGGACCAAAUAUGGCUGUUUUCUUUUUGGGCGCACUCGUGCCGUUUGCUGAGCCGAUCGGAGUUUUUAUUGCCGAUAUUGUUGGUGUUAUCAUUGCUGGAUGGGUUUAUUUUGGGUCAAAACAGUAUCCAGCUGGUAACGAGUUCAUCGGUAAACUCGACUUCUCCACCGAAGCUUGUGGACUAAACGUUACAGAGACCGUUCUUACUCAAGAAGAAGAAACUGAAUUGCCCGGAAUCGCAAGUCUGUACCAAAUCUCAUAUUGCUAUGUUGGAACAGUUGGUUUUGUGACCACUUUCGUUCUUGCGCUUGUUUUGUCCGGAAUUGUCAAAAUGACGAGAAAAGAUUAUGAAGAAAGGCCGCCCGCGAAAACAAUGGUUCCUUGGCUGCCUUGGAGCCCAACGGAAGACAUUGAAGAGAACACAGAUUUAAAUGUCAAAUCUGGAAACAAAAAUGCUAGCUUUAGAGACGAAGAAACGAAAUUUGAUAAAUUUUGA